GGCCUUCCUGAUUUGGAAGGUACGUAAAAUUGUGUUGUAUUUUCAGUCGUUAGAAAUGCAUGCAUGAGAAGGUUUUAUGAAUGGAAGGGAAGCUGAUAGUAGUGUUAGAUAUGAUUGGUCUUGAACAAGGUUUAUGAAUCGAAGCAUUAUGAUGGCUGUGUUCAGAGUUUUAUGAAUUCGUGGUCACAAGGGAAGCGAGUCAGAGAUCGUGUCGGUGAGCAAUACACAGUGUAGGCCGGCCGGCCGGUGGCCGAGCAUUGCUUUCCGACGGUAGAUAAACGCAAAUGUGGCUUGAUGGUACACUCUUCUUCCCGCAUUGCUUCUCAUCAAAUUGAAUGAGUGAAUGAAAGAAAAAGAUCUGCGAGAAUCCAUCCACUGAUCCGCAUCCAAUCGAGAAAGUAGAGGAGGAAGGAAAUGUCGGCUUCGCAAACCCUAGGGGGGCCAUCCCGGUGCGGCCGGGUACUGGGCCCGUACCUGGACAAGAUCAUCAAGAACGCUGCUUGGCGCAAGCAUUCCCACCUCGUCUCCGCCUGCAAAUCCACGCUAGAUGUUCUCGAAUUGCUCUCCGACUCGCCCAGUCCGGACGUCGCCUCCCCUCUCUUCGGCCUCUCCUCCUCCCAUGCCGAUUCCCUCCUCCAACCCCUCAUUCUGGCUCUCGAUUCCGCCUACGUCAAGGUCGUCGAGCCCGUCCUCGAUUGCGCCUUCAGCUUAUUCUCCCUCAACCUCAUCCGCGCCGAGAUCGACCGCCCCGAUCCCAGUAGCAACAACACAUCCUCUCUUGUAAGCAACAACACAUCCUCUGUUUACAAGAUGAUUGACGGCGUGUGCAGGUCGGCUGGUCUCGGAGAGGAAGCCAUCGAGCUGGGUGUGCUCCGUGUUUUGCUUUCCGCCGUUCGAUCCCCCGGAGUCUUUAUCCGGGGCGAUUAUUUAGUGCAUGUAGUCAGGACCUGCUACAAUGUGUAUCUCGGCGGAUUGAAUGGCACCAAUCAGAUUUGUGCAAAGUCGGUUCUUGCUCAGAUGAUGGUCAUCGUAUUCACCAGGGUCGAGCACGACUCCAUGGACCUGGGUGCUCCCUUUCGAAGGGUUUCCGUUGCUGAAUUGUUGGAAUUCACAGACAAAAACUUGAACGAAGGUAGGUCCAUACAUUUUUCUCAAAAUUUCAUCAAUGAGGUCAUGGAUGCUAGUGCAAGUGAAGGUCUUGCUGAAAAAAAUACUCAGUUACCUAUUACUAGCUCAUUAUCCGAGCAAAAUGGCAAUGGGCAUAUGCAGACUUCAAACAAAGUAGACGAAAUGAAUGAAUCGACCGAUGGGGGCAGUGAGAUUAUUGAGGACGGGUUUUUGAUUUUCAAGAAUCUGUGCAAAUGGUCUAUGAAGUUCUCGUCACAAGAGCACCCUGAUGACCAAAUCUUCUUGAGGGGCAAAAUUUUGUCUUUGGAGCUGCUCAAUGUCGUCAUGGGAAAUGGUGGUGCACUGUGGCGCACCAAUGAGAGGUUUCUCGAUGCUAUCAAGCAGUGUCUUUGCUUAUCGUUGUUAAAGAACAGUCCAUUGUCAGUUAUGGCUAUUUUCCAGCUUCAGUGUUCUAUAUUUAUGAGCCUUCUAUCAAAAUUUAGAUCAGGGUUGAAAGCAGAAAUUGGUAUAUUUUUUCCCAUGCUUGUCCUCCGCGUACUUGAGAAUGUGCUCCAGCCAAGUUUCUUGCAGAAAAUGACUGUCCUCAAAUUAUUGGAGAAGGUCUCUCAAGAUCCCCAGAUUAUCGUAGACAUAUUUGUCAACUAUGACUGCGAUGUUGAUGCUCCAAACAUUUUCGAAAGGGUUGUCAAUGGCCUCCUGAAAACUGCUCUAGGACCACCUUCUGGUUCAGCAACAACGUUGUCUCCAGCACAGGAUAUCACUUUUCGGCAUGAAUCGGUAAAGUGCUUAGUUAGCAUCAUUAAGUCAAUGGGAGCCUGGAUGGACCAACAUCUCAGAUUAGGAGACUCGUAUCUGCGAAAGAGUUAUGAAAGUGAUACUAAUUUGACCCUAUAUGGAGAAGAUGGAACUGCUCCUGACUAUGAGCUACAUCCAGAAGUGAAUUCUGAAAUAUCUGAUGCUUCUACCCUUGAGCAACACCGAGCUUAUAAAAUUGGACUCCAGAAAGGUAUCUCUUUUUUCAAUAGGAAACCUUCCAAGGGAAUUCAGUUUCUGAUAAGUACCAAAAGAAUUGGUGGUUCUCCAGAAGCCGUGGCUUAUUUCCUGAAGAAUGCUUCUGGCCUCAAUGAAACCAUGAUUGGUGACUAUAUGGGUGAAAGGGAGGAAUUUUCUUUAAAGGUCAUGCAUGCUUAUGUAGACUCAUUUAAUUUUGAAGGAAUGGAUUUUGGUGAAGCUAUAAGGUUUUUCCUCAGGGGCUUCAGGUUACCUGGAGAGGCGCAGAAGAUUGACCGCAUCAUGGAGAAGUUUGCUGAGGGCUAUUGUAAAUGCAACCCAAACUCAUUUACUAGUGCUGAUACUGCUUAUGUUCUUGCCUACUCUGUGAUAAUGCUCAACACAGAUGCCCAUAAUAACAUGGCAAAAGAUAAGAUGACGAAGUCUGAUUUUAUCAGAAACAACCGAGGAAUAGAUGAUGGAAAGGAUUUACCAGAAGAGUAUCUUGGCACCAUUUAUGAUCAAAUUAUUAGAACUGAAAUUAAGAUGACUGAUGAGUCUUCUGCACCACAGAGCAAACAAGCUAGCAGCUUUAAUAGAUUAUUGGGCGUGGGUGGCAUACUCAAUCUAGUCACUGGGAAGCAAAUUGAAGAGAAAGCAUUGGGCGCAAAUGGGCUUCUCAUAAGGCACAUCCAGGAGCAGUUUAAGGAAAAAUCUGGAAAAUCUGAGUCAGUUUAUCAUGCUGUCACUGAUGUAGCAAUAUUGAGGUUUAUGCUUGAGGUUUGCUGGGGUCCUAUGCUGGCUGCAUUCAGUGUAACGCUUGAUCAAAGCAUUGACAGGCAUACUACUUCUCAAUGCUUACAGGGCUUUCGACAUGCUGCACAUGCUACUGCAGUGAUGGGGCUGCAGACCCAGAGAGAUGCUUUUGUGACAUCUGUAGCCAAGUUUACUUAUCUACAUUGUGCUGCAGCAGAUAUGAAGCAAAAAAAUGUUGAUGCUGUGAAGGCAAUAAUAUCAAUUGCCAUCGAAGAUGGUAAUUUUCUUCAAGAAGCAUGGGAACACAUAUUAACAUGCCUUUCCCGAAUUGAGCAUCUGCAACUGUUGGGUGAGGGCGCACCGACUGAUGCAUCAUUUCUUACUGUUUCUAAUGGUGAAAUAGAGGAAAAAACACCAAAACCGUUAGGUUUUCCUAAUUUAAAGAAGAAAGGAACUCUACAGAAUCCAGCUGUGGUGGCUGUUGUUCGCGGGGUCUCAUAUGACAGCACCACUGUUGGAGUCAAUACUUCAGGAUUAGUAACUCCAGAACAGAUUAAUAACUUCAUUUCAAACUUGAAUUUGCUGGACCAGAUUGGGAAUUUUGAGUUGAACCAUGUAUUUGCUCAUAGCCAAAGGCUGAACAGUGAAGCAAUAAUAGCUUUUGUUAAGUCCCUGUGCAAAGUUUCCAUGGCAGAGUUGCAGUCUCCAACAGACCCUCGGGUAUUCAGCCUGACAAAGCUAGUCGAGAUAGCGCACUAUAACAUGAAUCGCAUCAGAUUAGUGUGGUCUCGCAUAUGGAAUGUUCUCUCUGAUUUCUUUGUUUCAGUUGGACUGUCAGAAAAUCUCUCAGUGGCAAUAUUUGUCAUGGAUUCCCUGAGGCAGCUUGCUAUGAAAUUUUUAGAGCGCGAGGAAUUGGCAAAUUACAACUUCCAGAACGAAUUUCUUCAACCAUUUGUGAUUGUUAUGCAGAAAAGCAGCUCUACAGAAAUCAGGGAGCUAAUAGUACGGUGCAUCUCACAGAUGGUCCUCAGCCGUGUUAGUAAUGUAAAAUCUGGCUGGAAAAGUGUUCUUAUGGUUUUUACAGCUGCUGCAGCUGAUGAGCAGAAGAGUAUAGUCUUGUUGGCCUUUGAGACACUGGAAAAAAUAGUACGAGAAUAUUUAUCUUAUGCUACAGAGACGGAGACGAUGACUUUUACAGAUUGCUUUAGGUGCCUCAUAACAUUUGCAAAUAGCAGAUCUAUUAGUGACGUUAGCCUCAAUGCCAUUGCAUUUCUCCACUUCUGUGCUGUGAAGCUUGCUGAGGGAGGACUAGUUUGGAAUGAGAACAGCAAGGUUGAUUGUUCAUUCAAUCCAGUUGGAGAUGCAGAUGCUUCAGAUAUACAUACUUUUACUGAUAAAGACGAGCACACAUCCUUUUGGGUCCCAUUGCUAAUAGGGUUGUCAAAACUAACAUCUGACCCCAGAUCGGCUAUAAGAAAGAGUUCUUUGGAAGUGCUUUUUAACAUUCUGAGGGAUCACGGUCAUCUUUUUUCUGACCACUUUUGGACUGGUGUCUUCAAUUCUGUGGUUUUCCCCAUAUUUAGUUCUCAUUCGGACAAGAGAGAGAAGCAAGUUGAAGAUCAAGAGUAUUCACCAGCUUCAAGAUCUCUGCAUUCUGAAGGAAGCAGAUGGGACUCUGAAACUUCUGUUGUGGCAGCACAGUGUCUAGUGGAUCUUUUUCUCAAUUUUUUUGAUGUAGUCAGGUCUCAACUACCAGGUGUGGUAUCAAUACUCGCAGGAUUUAUAAGAAAUCCUGUUCAAGGUCUUGCUAGCACUGGGGUUGCUGCUUUGAUGCGUUUGGCUAGUGAUUUGUGCAACAGGCUCUCACUACAUGAAUGGAAAGAGAUUUUUCUGGCUUUGAAGGAAGCAGCCACAUCAACAGUGCCCGUGCUUAUGACAGCCUUGAGAUCCAUGGAUAACAUUGAGGUGCCUGACAAUGCUCAAUCUUAUGCCGACUUAGAAACAUCUUCUGAUCAUAUGUUGACAAACGAUGAUCUCAAUGAUGGUAAUCUGCAGACUGCACGAUAUGCGGUUUCAAGAAUUAAGAGUCAUAUAGCUACACAGUUGCAUAUUGUACAGGUUGUGACUGAUCUUACACACCCAGAAUCAUUGUCGGUGGACAACAUCGUGAUCCUCCAGGGAAUUUUUUCUUUUAUCUCAUCACAUGCCCACGAACUUAACUCUGAGAAAAUCCUGCAAAAGAAGCUGCCAAUAGUGUGCUCUAUCCUGGGGCUCUCUGAGCCACCCCUAGUUCAUUUUGAAAACGAGUCUUACCAGAAUUACCUCAACUUUCUCCAAAAGUUACUUGCAGAUAAUCCAUCCGUGUCUGAGGAGAUGAACAUUGAAGCAGAACUUGUGGUCGUAUGUCAAAAGAUAUUGGAGAUAUACUUGAACUAUACUGGUUCUCACUCUGACGAGCAAAACUCAGAAAAUCUGCGGGUGCUACACUGCAAUGUUCCUUUGGGCCAGGCAAAAAAGGAAGAAUUAGGGGCCAGGACUUCUUUAGUAGUCUCAGCAUUAUGGGGACUAAAUGGCUUGGACACGGAGUCCUUUAGGAGGUACGUUUCACAACUCUUUCCUUUGUUGGUAGAUCUUGUGCAGAGCGAGCAUAGUUCUGGAGAAGUCCAGCGUGUCCUAAGCAAUGUGUUCCAAUCAUGUAUAGGCCCAAUAAUAAUGGAAUGAUAUUUUAUUUUGUGUUAUAUAUAUUACACAUACGCCAUCUAUUUAUUUUGUCCUAAUGGCUCGUGCCAGCUAUUUAUUAUUUUUGUAGAAUAUACUGAGCCUUAUUUAUUUAUGUUUACCUCCUAAAUAGUAUGUAUGAGCUACUUGCUUAUUAGAUAAACUGAAAAUCUU